AUGCACCAAGAUACUGCGAAUCCCUCUACUCUCAAUUCACCUCACCAUUCUGCUAUCACGAACAUCGGAGUUCUGAACCGCGAUGUUCUCCUCGUCAUAUUCGGAUUCAUGGAGCGCCGGGACCGGAAACAAGCCUCGAGAGUGUGUCGCACUUACCGCGAAGCUCUACUAGCCCAGCUCUUUGCGAAUGUGAUCUGGAGACCAGCUUUACGACGCUUUGCUCCAGAGAGUAUCUUACCUUACAUCCGACAACUCACGAUUACUGCUGCCGGUUUCACCUCCUUCACCGAUUCUACCGCCGACGACAUUCGAAGCGAAACGGCGACACUUUUGAGGGGUGCUCUGCCCCAUAUGCGCUCCCUCCGAAUGCUUACAAUCGCCAACAACAUGGAUGGAGGGUUGUGGCCAGAGCUUGUUGAUGCGCUCAACGCCGCCACCUCUACCUUCACACUAAUGUUGGACGCAUCCUGGUUAACAGGGAAACAUUUCAAUAUUCCCAAACAAUCCAGUCCGCUUUUGAUCGACAAUUUCGACUAUCCAUUUGCUUAUUUUGAAGACACAUUCGGUCCAGAACGGGCGAUUUGCGCUGCGCGACGGCCACCUUUAAUUCUCGGAAGGGAACAAGACAAUAUAAAUGCUGUUCUUUCCGCUUGUCGCACGACUGUGAAACAAAUCUACGUUCCUAGCGAGCUCUUGCUACGGGCAAUGGAUAGUUUGGCGCCAUGGGGUGAGCUACAGGAGCUCUAUGUGGAGGGUUAUUGGCCGGAAGAGCAUUUUCAUCAUCAAAGUGCAAGUGUGCUUUUGGAGGCGACGGAGGAAGAUAUUCCAUCUGAUUCGACAAGUGGAGACCUUUCGCUCACCCUAAACUCAGAAACAGAAGUUCGUUCUGGCACAGGAGAGCACUCUCAAACAACGAAGUUCCUUCGCUUGCUGGAGCUUAUGCCGAAGCUGCGUUCGAUUGGUCUGAUGCUUGCGCGCCAUCCAACUGACCCAAGGCCACUGAUGCCCAUCGUCCUCAAUGAUCCAUCCUCCCAUCCGUCGUCACCGCAGACUUUCUUCUCCUCCCUGAAAUCGUUCCAAAUGUCUUCGAUCGCGGCCGAAGAAAGACUGCUUGACUUUCUCCCCUCAUCCCUCGAGAAGCUGGCAGUGUCAAUGUACCCUUUUGAGCGAGUCCCGAAUUAUCAUCGGGUGGAAAUGAAGCCCGGAGCCCUUCUCGCAAUCCUACGCCGUGCACAUCUACCCCAGCUUAGAGUUCUCCAAAUAUCGUAUAUUAUUCGCUCAGCGGUCGACCUCGUCUCUGACGAAGCUCUCCUCACUGAGCUUCCCUCCAUGUUUCCUUUGGUCGAAGAACUAGAGAUACGGCGCUGUUGGGUGCAUAGAGAGCCUGGCUUGGCAGGGCUCUGGGACCCUUUCCCGCGAAUUCGUGCUUGUGUCUCCGGUAUCAAGCAGUUGUGCGUCUUUCGGCUCCAUCCCGAGAUGCCCGAUCGUUUUGGCAACCCGCCUUUCAGUCAGAAAUCCAAAAAAUACUGGGUGCAUCUUAAUAAGCUCUACGAUGAAGCUAAAGGCAUAGUCGAAGCAGCCCCAUGGCUAAAGGAGCUCUCGAUGUACCUGGAACUCGGCACCGACCCAGCUUUCCAUUGGAAAACGUGGCGAGUCUGUAUAGAGGACGACACGACACAACUCUACCCGCGGCCCAAGGCACCUUAA